AUGUCUUUCCAGCGUGCUAUUCAAAUCCAGGCCCCCAAUGUAGCCAAACUUGUUACAAAUGCACCAAUCCCUGCCCUGAGACCCCAAUACGUCAAGGUCAAGACUGCGGCCGUUGCGCUCAAUCCCACUGAUUGGAAGCAUAUUGAUUUCCUCGCUAGCGAGGGCGCCAUCAACGGCUGUGAUUUUUCUGGGACUGUGGAGGCGGUGGGUGAAGAUGUGAAGAACGGUCUUCAAAUCGGCGACCGAGUAGCGGGGUUCAUACAUGGCAGCAACCAAGACAACCAUGAAGAUGGUGCCUUUGCGGAAUACGUUGUCGCAAAGUCGCAGCUCUUGACCAAGAUACCGGACGAUCUUUCUUUCGAGGCGGCUUCGACUCUGGGAUGUGGCAUUACUACCGUUGGCCAAGGUUUAUACCAGUCGCUUGGACUUCCAUGGCCGACGACUCCCACGACAACACCGUUUCCCAUUCUCAUUUACGGCGGUGCCACGGCCACUGGGACGCUGGCGAUCCAAUUUGCGAAGCUCUCUGGUCUGACCGUUGUGGCUACUAGCUCACCACAAAACUUCGACCUUCUCAAGGGCUAUGGCGCUGAUCACGUCUUCGAUUACAAGUCGCCUACAGUUGGAGCCGACAUUCGCAAGGUUACAAACGACAACCUACAACAUGUUUUCGAUACCAUAUCGUACGAGUCGACCGCUUCCAUUGCAGCUGAAGCAAUCUCGUCCAAGGGCGGCAAAUAUAGUUCUUUGCUUGUGAUAAAUAAGUUUCCUCGCGACGACGUGUCCAACACUGCCACUCUGGCGUACACUGGGUUUGGGGAGGAUUUUUCCAAAGGCACUAGGAAGUGGUCUGCGAACCCGGAUCAUUUGGCCUUUCAAGAGAAGUUCUGGAGACUUACGUGUGAGCUACUUGCUCAAGGUAAGAUUCGACCGCAUCCGCAGGAGGUUCGAGAAGGGGGCCUAGAGGGAGUGCUUGGUGGUUUGGAUGAUUUAAGAAAGGAGAGGGUUAGCGGUGUCAAGCUCGUGUAUCCUCUCUAG